GGGCAGAACAACACGCCGUGCACUAUUCUUCCAAGGCUAGAGCACCUCGGCGCCGCGAUAGCCGCAUAACCGCCCGCAGCCCGCUGGUCAUCGAGUCGAGACCCUACCAGGCUACUACCAUGCCCGCGCACCCGCUGCUCGCCAUGCCGCACGCGGCGGCUGCCGGCCCGCGACUGGCUGCACCGCUUCACACCCCUGCCACGACCGUCCCGUGCCUCGUCCGCGGCGCGAUGUGCCCGCGCGGCUCCUUCCUCAACCAGCAGCAGCGGCCGCGCCGCCUCCUCCCUGCCGCUGCGGCCGCCAAGCCCGGAGCCAUCGGGAGCGCCGCGGAGGCCGCUGCGGCGCCCGCGGAAGGUCUCGCGAGGUCGCUGCAGGGGGUGGAGGUGUUCGACCUGAGCGGGAAGGCGGUGCCCGUCGUUGAUCUGUGGAAGGACAGGAAGGCUGUGGUUGCGUUCGCCCGCCAUUUCGGCUGCGUGCUAUGCCGGAAGAGGGCCGACCUUCUUGCGGCUAAGCAGGAUGCCAUGGAAGCUGCAGGAGUUUCUCUUGUUUUAAUUGGUCCAGGUACUGUUGAACAGGCAAAGGCAUUUUCUGAUCAAACCAAAUUCAAAGGAGAGGUAUAUGCGGAUCCAAAUUACUCAUCAUAUCAUGCUCUGGAAUUUGCCAAUGGCUUGUUCUCAACAUUUACUCCAUCGGCGGGUCUCAAGAUUAUACAGUUGUACAGGGAAGGUUACAGGCAAGACUGGGAACUGUCAUUCGAAAAGAACACCAGGACAAAAGGCGGAUGGUAUCAAGGAGGACUGGUUGUUGCAGGCCCAGGCAUCAACAAUAUCUCCUACAUUCACAAGGUCACCGCGUCCUACGCCGAAUCCCUCCGCUCGAAGCUCCGCCCCGAUGCCUCCAUCCUCGCCUCCCUCCGCGCCCUCGCCUCCGCCUCCUCCAAAUCCAAGCCCGCGGGCACGUCCUCCGCCGCGGCGAAAGCCCUCACCGCCGACGACCCAACCUCCGCCAACUCAUCCUACAUCGUGGUGGCGGACCAGGACAUCACCUCCGUCACCUCCCGCAUCAACCGCCUCGUGCUCUCCGUCGCGCGCAGCAUCCUGGAAGGCCGUGGCUUCUCCUUCUCUGUCCCCUCCCGCACCUCCACCAACCAGGUCUACCUCCCGGAACUCGACCGCAUCGUCCUCCUCCGCCGCGAGUCCGCAAGGCCCUUCGCCAGCGUCGGCACCGCGCGCAAGGCCACCGUCACGGCGCGCGUCCUUUCCCUCGUCCACGCCGUCCUGCGCAGGGGAAUCCACGUCACCAAGAGGGAUCUCUUCUACACGGACGUCAAGCUCUUCGGCGACCAAUCCCAGUCCGACGCUGUCCUCGAUGACGUGUCUUGCAUGCUCGGAUGCACUCGCUCAUCACUCCAUGUCGUUGCCUCCGAGAAGGGCGUCGUUGUCGGCCGACUCAUCUUUGCUGAUGACGGCGACAGGAUCGACUGCACGCGAAUGGGCGUCGGCGGGAAGGCCAUCCCUCCCAACAUUGACAGGGUCUCGGGCAUUGAGAGCGACGCUCUGUUCAUCUUGCUAGUGGAGAAGGAUGCUGCCUUCAUGCGCCUCGCCGAGGACAGGUUCUACAACCGCUUCCCAUGCAUCAUAUUGACAGCGAAGGGGCAGCCGGAUGUUGCCACCCGGUUGUUCUUACGGCGACUUAAGGUGGAGCUGAAACUGCCGGUGCUCGCAUUGGUGGACUCUGAUCCAUAUGGUCUGAAGAUCUUGUCAGUCUACAUGUGUGGCUCCAAAAACAUGUCGUAUGACAGUGCCAAUCUGACUACGCCUGAUAUCAAGUGGCUCGGUGUGCGGCCAAGCGACCUGGACAAGUACAGGGUACCAGAGCAGUGCCGGCUUCCGAUGACUGAUCACGAUAUGAAAGUGGGGAAGGAGAUGUUAGAGGAGGACUUUGUGAAGCAGAAUGAAGGGUGGGUGAAGGAGCUGGAGACGAUGUUGCGAACAAAGCAGAAGGCUGAAAUUCAGGCUCUGAGCUCGUUUGGGUUCCAGUACCUGACAGAGGUCUAUCUGCCACUUAAGCUGCAACAGGAGGACUGGAUUUGAGAUAUCCUUUGAUGACAGAUGAUAUUUUCUCACUGGGGAAGCUUGGUCGAAAGCUUCUAGGAGCAAUUUGGCAUGCAAGAGGAAUACCUAAUUCGUACCAUACUGUAACGUGUGUGACAAUCCCUUUGUAUGACUUCUGUAUUUGAAAAUCAUAUGUUUCUUUUUCUUCUGCUGAAAAAGUAGAACUUGUGAGACCUGUAUUUAGAUGAAAGUAUCCAUCUGGGACAUUGGAUGGUAGAGCUUAGAACUAUCAUGCCUUUUGCAUCCUAUUUAAACUAAUGUAUGUAGUUCAUCUCAGCAUUUGUACACAAGUUUGAUGCAAAA